AUGGCGGAGCCAGCAUACAGCCCGCUCGCGCAGCUGCUCACAGACGCCACAUUCUCGGACCUCACCGUCACCUGCGCGGGCGGGACGACCUUCCGUCUGCACCGCGUCAUCGUCGGCGCUCACUCCGAGUACUUCUCCAAGGCAUGCGCGGGGCCCUUCUUGGAAGCUUCCUCGGGACAAAUCGACCUACCCGAUGUGGACCCAGAAGACUUCAAGAAGCUCGUGGACUUCGUGUAUACGGGCACGUACACCGACUACUUCACUCCAGUCCCGCAUCGCAGUGUAUCACGCAAGGCCGACGCAAGCGCUUCCAUAUCCGCGACGGUGAGAGGGCUGCGUGGGAAAUCACUUGGCCGCAAGCCAAAGCUGUUCCCGGCAGUGAAAGGGCUGCGUGGGAAACCACUUGACCGCAAGCCAAAGGCAAUCGCGGCGGUGACAGGGCCGCCUGAGGAACCACCUGACCGCGAGCCAAAGGCAACCGAGCCAAAGGCGUUCGAGCCAAAGGCAAUCAAGCCACCCAUCAUCGGCCGUGUCCCACCGGAGCAUCUUGCGGAAUCCCAAGAGGUCGAGGGCACCCUGUUCGCCUCUGCGAGGGUGUACAUCAUCGGGGAUCGGUUUGCGGUCCCGGCCCUCAAAGCCUUCAGCCUGAUGCGAUUCAGCGCUGCAGUCUCGCACAUCACUCUUUGGCUUUUGGGUGACGGCAGCCAAUCAAGGCGACCCAUAAUUUAUCAUGUCCGGAAGCUAGAAGAGACGGUAGACCUGAUCUACCUGAACACAGCAUCCACCGAUGUGGCGCUCAAGGAGCCCUUGUGCCGGCUCCUCCUUUGCUUGGCCAGAUCCGACCCAGGAAUGAAGGCGCGAGUCUUCCGCCUCGUCAGACGCAACGGCGAGCUUGGUGUGCACCUCCUUGCUUAUGCCGACCUGGUCGGCGGCACCUUGUACACGGGCCUACCAACAAAGGGAGAAUGCCCCCUGUGGCAGGACAUUCUCAAUUCACCCAACCGAAGGAUUCUCCAAACCCAGGAGCCUCGAGUGGAUGAAACAAGAGCGAGAUGCCGCCAUCGCAGACGAGGCCGCAGAGAGGGCGGAAGAGAAAGCGGCAAGCAUGUGAGCUACCACCGCAUACCGGCGUGUAGCCUAAACGCCUCGGACUACGCCCUGAGGAGACCACCCAAGACAUUCAGCUUGCGAUGA